AUGACCAGCGUCUGUGCGGAGCAGCAUAAGUUCCACGCCUCCCACCAACUCUUCUCCCCUAAGAAGGCGCUCGACAUCCCCCCCAGGAAGCUCCUCGGCCGUCGGACAGCCUCUUCUGUGGCGCAGCACCAGUCGGCGGCCCUCGAGAGCCACGACGUGUUCUCCUCCGACUACUCACCAAGGGUCCCCGAGACCCCUCUCCAGAGGUUCCUGCCGUUCAACAACGGGGGCGAUGAUGAGGAUGAGGACUCCGACCCUUACUCGUCGGACCACUUCCGCAUGUUCGAGUUCAAGGUGAGGCGGUGCACCCGCAGCCGCAGCCACGACUGGACGGACUGCCCUUUCGCUCAUCCUGGAGAGAAGGCCCGCCGCAGGGACCCCCGGAAGUACCACUACUCGGGGACCGUCUGUGCGGAGUACCGCCGCGGGUCGUGCAGCCGCGGUGAUAACUGUGAGUUCGCACACGGCGUCUUCGAGUGCUGGCUGCACCCUUCAAAGUAUAGGACUGAGGCAUGCAAAGAUGGCAAGAACUGCAAGAGGAAGGUCUGCUUCUUCGCUCACAGCACUCGUCAGCUUCGCCUCUUGCCUGCUCAAUCCGAGCCCAACUCUCCACAAGAGAUCAACCUCGAGAAGUCCAAAUUCCAUAGUCCAGUUUCGCCUUCUUCGCUGCCUCACUGCUGCCUGUUCUGCCACUCGUUCACCGCCUCCUCGCCGACCUCAACUUUGCUCGGCAUGUCCCACCUAUCGCCGCCGCUGUCGCCAUCCCAGUCCCUGUCACCGCCCCUGUCGCCCCUCAAGGGCCGGUCCCUGAGCGGGUUCUCACCGAUCUCACGGUAUGCUGACCGGUUGGAGCCGAGCUGUCUGAGCCAGGGUAUGAGCUACAAGGACGUCCUGAACGAGAUCAUGACUUCGCUGGACGUGAUGAAGAUGAGCGAAGUCUCGCCUCCUCCGCACUCAUCACCUUUGUCAUCGGUCAAGAACCGGACAGCCAUGCCUUGGGUUGACGUCACUACCAGUGUGAAUGAGGAGCAGACCCAGUUUAUACUUUCACCUUCAACCCCAAAUUAUCCUCAGGUGCCUAAGAAUUUUUUUGGCAGUGAUCCUUCAAGCAACGAAGGAAUUUUUGCUGACAAGGUCAAUGAAGGCAAUUCUUGCGAUGAUCCUGACAUUGGGUGGGUGAACGAACUCCUGAUGUAGCUGAGAUGAUAAAUUGGAUUCCCAGAUGAUGAUGACUGAAGAUGCAUUUUGGAAGAAGAUAAAGCCAAAGCUGUACAUACUGCGUCGGUUGGCACUAGUAAAGAGUAUAGAGUAAAUAAAUAUGUGCCGAACAUAUAUAAACAAGGUUUGGUGUUGCUUAAUGUUUUAGGUUGUCGCUUAAUAUUGUUUUGGGGAUUGAUUUAGAUUGUUGUCUUUUGAUGUAUUGACGGUUGCUUGCUUGAGAUGGGAUUUCUUCAGUCAAAAAUGUAAUUAAGGAGGUCGAGAGAGACAG